AUGUCAAAUACAGAAAGAAAAGUUGUUCGUGUUCUCGUAACAUAUUUCACCGUUAUGAGAGGAAAAAUCCUCGAGUGGGAUAUUAUCGAAGUGUUGAAAAGCAUGGGCAUCAUUCUUCAACGGGCAGAUAUGGAAUUAGCACACACGAGGGAAAGGGAUCGUUACACUAAACACGCUUUAACAAAUACUAUCAAAACUGCGCGCGUUAACCAAGUUGUUUCUAAACUUCAAAGAGACAAGGAUCAUAACUGUUCUUGCCUUGUAAAAAUUGUAAAUGCACGGUUGAUUCGAAAUCAUAAAAUAAUAGACGACGACGUACUUUAUUUAUAUAACGGAAAAAUCAUCGAUCCUCAAACUUACUUUUUUACUUUUGGUGAUUUACCUGAUGUUGUAAUCGAUGCUAAAGGAUUAUUAGUAGCUCCAGGAUUCAUCGAUGUACAAAUAAAUGGAGCCUUUGGUGUGGACUUUUCUCAAAUGCAAAGUGAAGAAAAAAUGAGGAAAGGAAUUGAUAAUGUUGCAAAAGGUUUAUUAAAAUACGGCUGUACUAGUUUUGUUCCAACAAUUAUUAGUUCAGGGAUAGAAGUAUAUCAAAAGGUUCUCCCAUUUCUUAAACCUCGUAAAGGAAAUAAGACCAAUGGGGCUGAAAUCUUAGGUGUUCACGUCGAAGGUCCGUUUAUUGAGCCAAGUAAAUGUGGCGCCCAUGAAGAAUCUCAUCUUCGUUCUGCAUCUGGUGGUUUCUCAGAUUUUGUAAAAGUUUAUGGAUUAAAUGAAGGAAAAGAUCAAAAAGAUCAAAUAGUUAAGAUCGUAACUGUAGCACCGGAAGUAGAAGGUGUUUCGGAUAGUUUGGAAGAUCUGGUUCGUGCUCAUAUUACAGUCAGUUUAGGUCAUUCUUCUGCUACUGUGGCUCAAGCGGAAUUAGCUGUCGAAAAAGGAGCAAGAUUUAUUACACAUUUGUUUAAUGCUAUGCAACAGUUCCAUCACCGUGAUCCUGGCAUAAUUGGUCUACUUGGUACAAAACGCGUCCCACGACCAUAUUAUGGCAUCAUCUGUGAUGGUAUCCAUGUGCACCAAAAUUCUAUUAAAAUGGCCUACGAUUCUCACCCGGAGGGUGCAGUCCUUGUUACUGAUGCUAUGGCAGCUAUGGGAUUGCCACCAGGAGAUUAUACUUUGGGUGAUAUUCCGGUACGUAAAAUCGGUGAUGAACGAGUUGAAGUCAUUGAUAAUGGACGACUUGCUGGGUCAGUAAUUACUAUAGAUGCGUGUGUUAGGAAUUUUAGAGAAUUCACAGGAUGCUCAAUUAUUGAAGCUGUUGAAGCAGCAACGUUGCAUCCAGCAGAAUUAUUAGGAAUUCAAAAUAUUAAAGGAACUUUGAAUAUUGGAGCUGAUGCAGAUUUGGUAUUCCUAGAUGAUGAUCUUAGGGUUAUGAGGCAAUGUAUUUCAAAUAACAAUACAAAAUAUUAG